CAACACUACAAAUCUAUUACAUUUAUUGAGAUAUCGAUGAAAGAUGUUUCGUGUACUACAAAGGGUUAAUCAGCAAUGUCUCGUUUCUGCUACAGGAACGAAUCUGUCAAAAAGAGCCAUGGGAAACUAUUAUCCAGCAAACUACCACGAUUCUGAAGUACCAGAGGAAGCUAAGACACUUGCUCAUGUUUCAGAGCAGAACUUUACUACCAUUUUUGGAUUGGAAAUGAUGAGAGGUACUGCAGUUCUAUUCAGUUACUUUUUCCGUGAGCCUGUAACGAUAUCGUACCCGUGGGAGAAGGGUCCACUUAGCCCCCGAUUUAGAGGAGAACACGCCCUCAGACGAUACCCUAAUGGAGAGGAGAGAUGCAUUGCCUGCAAACUGUGUGAAGCUAUCUGUCCAGCACAAGCAAUCACAAUCGAAGCGGAAGAGAGAGAAGAUGGGAGUCGUCGUACUACUCGCUACGACAUUGACAUGACCAAGUGCAUUUUCUGUGGCUUUUGUCAGGAAGCAUGUCCUGUUGAUGCUAUUGUGGAGGGCCCAAACUUUGAGUACGCCACGAGAACACACGAAGAGCUCCUUUACAACAAAGAGAAACUAUUGAAUAACGGAGAUCGGUGGGAGGUAGAAAUCGCUGCAAACAUUGACGCAGACUAUUUGUACAGAUAGACUUGUGCGGAACGUGAUGUUUGAACUGAGUUAACUCUGCGACAUGAAACUUAAGACACUCUCAAACAAUAACAUAAAAGGGACAGGAGGACUGAGAAGUUGUUCGUUAGUUUAAGCUUACACGUUAUACUGUUUUGUAUUUUGGCACUCUUAAUUUAUUGUAUGUCCCUUGGAGUAUCACCUUAGGAGUUAAAAGGACCUUUAGAACACUGUUUGUCGGACAUUUUCUGCUCACUUGCACUCCGUGACCAACCCUCUGUAUAUUGGAUCUCAUAUUAUUAUCUCUAACCAGCAACCAUACAAAUCGAGACUAGAAUAAUGUAAUGACUGUCCCUCAGUUUGAUGAUAAUUUAGUAGUGAAAGGUGUUGCCCGUUACUUAGCUAGUGAUCCUCAUUAUUUGAUAAACACUAUCGUUUACGAUAUGUAUAUUUUAUAUGAUUUUUGGAAAUUAAGUAUGGACUCA